AGGUCUCUAGACCCUUUCAGCUGGACAGAUGUUUUAAUCAAUCUUCGUAAUUUGGCCUGGAUUCUGGGAGUAUGUAGCCCAGCUUCCGUCGACCACGAGGCAUCACGAAAGUAUCGAGAAAGCGACGCAGGCCGUCUCAGCCCUGCGGUCACUCCGGCAUCGUCUCUCCUGCCUCGACUAUUCUCUUUCUGCAGAAUGAAUAUGACAUGAUAGAGGACAUGAAUGAUGCCCUAUUUCCCGAUUUACAAGAAGGCCAUCUUACAUUGUCGGCGUCGUCUCGCACGGCGUUACGUCUGGCAAAUCUUUCAUGUACAUCACCGCGGCCCCGCAGCAAUAUCCCUUGGGCCUGUUCCUCGACAGCAUGAAACAACAUCAUCCGGAGAAGAUAAAGACUACUAUACUUCCUUCCAAGGAUGUGAUUAUUUCUCCCACAGCCUGCCCCAAGCCCCCCGCCUAAACGCAAUAGCAUGCUUUGAUAUUCAUGUCUUCCAAGUCCAGCUCGAGAAACUCACCGUAAAUGCCUUCCACAAUCCACCUUGCGCCCUAAAAAAACACGAAGAACGGCUUUCUUUUCACAUUACCCGAGACACGGCGGGAAAUUCUAACAGAUCUCCGCUAUUGUGCUGGCAUUGCUCGAACCACAUAAUGUAUCCGAUGUUCGUGAACAAUUUGAGGUUAAGCGACUUGAAGCCACUCUAAGCAGAAUCUUGACUCAAACGGCAGAAACAACUUGCUCGAUGGUCUGGGAUCCCAGGGCUGGGAGGGAGACGGAGAUUAGACAUAUUAAUGGGCAUUGGGUGAGAAGGGUAGGCAGGUUGAAGUGAGGACCCCAAUUAAUGAA